UAGCCGAAACUGACCAAUGACAGUGCACGUUACGGAGUUCCGGCGGGAUUACCGGAAGUGCUCCGCGGCAUUGUACGGGUUAUCGGUGGUUGUCGCUUCGUGUUUAAUGUUAACUAAAUAAACUCUGGGAUUUGCUUUUUAGAUUUCUUCCUAAGAAAAUAAAGAGAUUUAAUAACCCCGGGUUUGGAGGAGACUGGAUUGCACAACGGUGUGUUAGGAUAUCAUGGAGUAAAUGCGCUUGUUUUGCGCAGUUAAGUACUUUUGUGAGGAGUUUUCCCCGCUGUUGCUAUGCUAAGCUAUAUCAAAAUAAUCACACCGCCUUCAGCACGCGGCGCCAUUUUCCAGUUUUAGGCUCCGGCAACGUUCAUUUAACAUCCACAUUUCUGUGCGAGGAGAUCGGGAUUUAGGGACUGUUUUAGUUUCAGGUCGUCAGGGGUGUGUGUGCGCGAGCGCGCGCAGCUGAGGGAUUAGCGCAGCUCUGUAACUGACGCAGAGCGAAUCGGAACCGGUAGCCGGUGUCGGUUCUUGGCUCAGCCCCGGUGUGUGUGUGUGUGUGUGUGUGUGUGUGUGAGUGAUGAUGAACGGGUUUAGCACGGAGGAGGAGAGCCCUGAGGGCCCGGGUUUGACCCCGCUGUUCCCGCAGAGCUGCUGCUGUCUGCUGGAGGGAGGAGAGCGCUGCGGCCGCCCCGCCGGAAACGCCUCCUUCAGCAAGAGGAUCCAGAAGAGUAUAUCUCAGAAAAAACUCAAACUGGACAUCGACAAGAGUGUCAGACACCUGUACAUCUGCGACUUCCACAAAAACUUCAUCCAGAGCGUACGCAACAAGCGGAAGAGAAAAACCAGCGAUGAUGGAGGAGAGUCUCCUGAUCACGAUGUCGAAGUUCCCGAGGUGGAUCUGUUCCAGCUGCAGGUGAACACACUGCGCCGUUAUAAACGACAUUACAAGAUCCAAACCAGACCCGGACUCAACAAGGCCCAACUGGCAGAGACGGUGAGUCGUCAUUUCCGGAACAUUCCGGUGAAUGAGAAGGAAACGCUGACAUACUUUAUUUAUAUGGUGAAGAGCAGUAAGAGCCGACUGGACCAGAAAUCAGAGGGAAGUAAACAGCUGGAGUAACACACUGACGCCUUUCAGUGGACGGACACACACACACGCACACGUCUCUGCUGACGUACUUAAUGACUGCUCACACUUUAGCAGAUUUCAGUGUGAAUAUUAAUCUGUUUAUGUACACACACGCUCAGUAAUGAGAUCAGCGCUGUGGGCGGAGCCUGUCUGUCUGUCUGUCUAAUGCCCCCAAAGUGCUUUUUGGUUCCUCAUGUCAACUGUUUUUCUCUGGUUUCUGUGUUAUACCCGCGAAUGAUCACAGGAGGAUUCAGCUGAGUUCAGAGUGUGAAUUGUUCUGAUUCACUUCUUAACAUUAACACUGAACACCACUCUCACUUCAGAUGGAUAAUUAACCCUUUCCUUUAGCAUCUUGUCUCUUGGAGAACUUUUAUUUGUCCCCUGAUUUAGAGCUGAGUCAGAGCUCCUCUCUUCUCCUCUCCUCCAUUCUGUUCUCCUCUUCUCCUCCUCUGCCGUUUUCUUUGUUGCUAAACAAGUUAUUUUUUCUGUCUGAAAGCUCUCAUGUGACAAUAACUCAAUUAACAUUUUAUCACCAUCUACGAUACUGUCACAAUGUUGUAUUUUAAAACGAACGCGUGUUUUUCUGUAUUUCUUCUCGCUGGACAGCAGUUUAACCUUACAUGGACUUGUUUCAUUCAGGACUUCCUUAAAGAGGUGGGGCUACAGUUCUGUGUUUUUAAACCUGAAAAUAAACACAUGCUACUUUAAA